AUGAGCAAGAAAAACCUGGCGAUUCUGUUACGGGCUAGAAUGAGGUCCAACGAUCCCACCAAACUUUCCCUCUCUCAAUUUCCUAAAGAGAUCCCAUCAAAUCCUCAAGAGAAUCAUUCUAGAGAUCACAUUGUGACAAAUCCAACUGAAGGAAGUGGAAAUUCCAGUGCUUUUGGUACCACAAGAAGGGUAUAUGAUGUAGUUUGUGAAACAAUGCACUCAGCUAUCUCAGCGAGUAAAACCGGUGUUUCGGACAUUACUCUUAAUGAUUUUCAAGAGGGUUAUUUAAGCCUUUCGCUUGAAGACCGUGAGAAACUGCUGGUUUUAUUAGCCAAAGAAUAUGAUGUUAACCGGGAGCAAGUCCGAAAACUUGUUAAGCAAUAUCUCGGACUUGAAACUCCAGACAGUGUCGAUGAAGAACUUAGUUCUCCGAAGAAGGAAGCUUUAGCUUCAGUUUUCUAUCGCAUUGAGUGGAAUCUUAGACAUUCUCUUAAGCCAACAUAUGAAAUUCUAUUUGAGAGGUUGAAUACACAUCCAGGAGGGUUGAGAUUUUUGUCCAUCCUCCGUGCUGAUCUUCUAUCAAUGCUCACAAAAGAAAACACGCCGUCUUUGCGAACAUUAGAUUCCUAUCUAAAGGAGAAACUUGGUAUGUGGCUUAGUCCUGCCACUUUAGAGCUUCAUCAGAUUACUUGGGAUGAUCCUGCUUCAUUACUUGAGAAAAUUGUUGCAUACGAGGCGGUGCAUCCUAUCAGCAACCUCUUGGAUCUUAAAAGAAGAUUGGGUAUUGGCCGUCGAUGCUUUGGAUAUUUUCAUCCAGCUAUUCCUGGUGAGCCACUUAUUUUUAUCGAAGUUGCUCUUAUGGAAACCAUUGCUCAGACAAUUCAGGAAGUUUUAUGGGACAAUCCUCCCAUUCCAGAGAACCAAGCAACAUGCGCAUUAUUUUACUCGAUUUCUUCAACUCAGCCUGGCUUGGCUGGGAUAAACCUCGGGAAAUUUCUGAUCAAACGAGUGAUUAAGUUGGUGAAAAAAGACAUGCCACAUGUUUCUACAUUUGUAACACUUAGCCCCAUUCCUGGAUUCAUGCAAUGGCUCCUCUCAAAGUUAUCAUCUCAGUCGAAAUUUGCUGCAGAUGAACGCAGUACACAGAGUACUUCGCCUUCAUCUACUUUUAGCGAGAAUGUAUUGCUACCAGAAGAGGAACAAGCUCUGAUGAGUCUAUCAGACGAUUCUUCUUCCGGUGAUCACGGCAUGGAAGUUCUACUGAAUUUGCUAUCAGUAACGAACUGCGAUUGGGCUACUUCGCCUCGUAUAUUGCCAGUUUUAGAACCUAUUCUUAUGCGGUUAUGUGCUAGGUACCUCUUGCAAGAGAAGAAGAGAGGAAAAGCAUUAGACUCUGUUGCUAACUUCCACUUGCAAAAUGGAGCGAUGGUUGAAAGAAUAAAUUGGAUGGCGGAUCGAUCAGAGAAAGGGGUUCAUCAAAGUGCAGGCAUUAUGGUUAACUAUGUCUAUAGGUUAGAGAAUAUCGAAGACUAUUCUCAAUCGUAUUUUGCGUCGGGAAAAAUCCAUGCCUCUCCUGGUCUCCAUCCCCGUCUCUAA